UUCUCAUCCUCUUUACAACUUCGACAUGGAGCUUGCCUCCAAUGGGGGAUUAGACCAAGAUCCAGGUUCGAAAAUGGAGGAACGGGAAGACAAACCAAGAAAAAACAAAAGUGUUUCUUUUUCUGGUCUGUUUGCUGCUGCUGAUGCUAUUGACUGUUUUCUGAUGCUAUUUGGAAGUUUAGGGGCGUUUGUUCAUGGGGCUGCCCUUCCUGUUUUCUUUGUUCUCUUUGGUCGGAUGAUUGAUUCUUUGGGGCAUUUGUCAAGACAUCCCCAUAGACUGUCUUCUCGUGUUGUUGAGAAUGCUCUGUACUUGGUCUAUUUGGGCCUCAUUGUCAUGGCAUCAGCAUGGAUAGGUGUGGCUUUCUGGAUGCAAACGGGGGAGAGGCAGACGGCGAGGUUGCGAGUGAAGUAUCUAAAGUCAAUUUUGAAGAAAGAUAUAAACUUUUUCGACACAGAGGCUAGAGAUUGCAACAUAAUAUUCCACAUCUCAAGUGAUAUGAUUCUGGUUCAAGAUGCAAUAGGCGACAAGACAGGACAUGCUUUGCGUUAUUUCUCUCAGUUCAUAGUGGGAUUUGCCAUUGGAUUUACAUCUGUUUGGAAACUGACUCUUCUGACUUUGGCCAUUGUUCCACUGGUAGCCAUUGCAGGAGGUGCAUACACCAUUAUCAUGUCCACUUUGUCUGAAAAAGGUGAAGCUUCCUAUGCUCAAGCUGGAAAGACGGCAGAAGAGGUUAUUGCACAGAUUCGAACAGUGUAUUCGUAUGUAGGAGAGAGUAAAGCUGUGGAUAAAUACUCUGAGUCGCUUCAAAAUGCACUGAAAUUGGGGAAGAGCAGUGGUUUUGCAAAAGGCAUUGGCGUAGGAUUUACAUACAGUCUCCUGUUUUGCGCCUGGGCUCUGCUUCUUUGGUACGCUGCCAUACUGCUCCUCCACCACGCAACAAAUGGGGGGAAAGCCUUCUCGACGAUCAUAAAUGUCAUCUUCAGUGGAUUCGCACUCGGUCAAGCUAUGCCGAAUCUUGCUGCCAUUGCCAAAGGCAGGGUGGCUGCAGCCAACAUCUUCAAUAUGAUUGACAAAGAUUCCAACUCUUAUACAAGCUCCAACAAUGGAGUAACAUUGUCAAAUGUAGCAGGAAGAAUCGAGUUUUCCGAGGUUUCCUUUGCUUAUCCCUCUCGACCCCAACUGAUCUUUGAUAAGUUGAGCUUCUCAAUAAGUGCUGGAAAGACAGUUGCAGUAGUUGGCCCUAGUGGCUCGGGAAAGAGCACCAUUGUCUCCAUGGUUCAGCGAUUCUAUGAACCCUCUUCAGGUAAAAUACUGUUGGAUGGACAUGAUCUUAGGUCUCUUGAGUUAAAAUGGCUGAGAAGACAGAUGGGGUUGGUUAGUCAAGAGCCUGCGUUAUUUGCCACUACAAUUGCUUCCAAUAUUCUUCUUGGUCAAGAAAAUGCAGCCAUGGAUGAGAUCAUUGAAGCUGCUAAAUCUGCCAAUGCUCAUUCCUUCAUUCAAGAACUACCAGAUGGUUACUCUACUCAGGUCGGAGAGGGAGGGACUCAACUUUCAGGUGGGCAAAAGCAGAGGAUUGCAAUUGCAAGAGCAGUUCUACGAAAUCCAAAAAUAUUACUUCUAGAUGAGGCAACCAGUGCUCUUGAUGCAGAAUCAGAACUCAUUGUUCAGCAGGCUCUAGACAGAAUUAUGUCGAAUCGAACGACAAUUAUUAUCGCACACCGACUCUCCACAAUUCAAGAUGUUGAUACGAUCAUCGUCCUGAAGAAUGGCCAGGUUGUCGAGAGUGGAAACCAUUCGGAAUUGAUGUCGAAGAGUGGUGAGUAUGCAGCUUUAGUGAAGUUGCAAGUAUCAGACCAAGUGAAUGAUUCUAGCAUAGAAUCUCCCUCUGGAAGUUCUAGAUAUUCUAGUUUUAGAGAACCUUUCAGUCUUCAGAACAAUCUGCAAUAUUCCAAGUCAUUUAGAGAAAGCGAGACACUAUCAACUAACAAAGGCUUGAAUCCAGCAAGUUCUUCUCCAUCUCCAUCUAUUUGGGAACUACUGAAGUUAAAUGCACCCGAGUGGCCUUAUGCAGUACUCGGGUCAUUAGGUGCAAUUCUUGCAGGCGUUCAAGCUCCUUUGUUUGCUCUUGGCAUAACUCAUGUCCUAUCUGCAUUUUAUUCUCCUCAUCAUUCUCAAAUCAAAGAAGAAGUCCAACACAUUGCGUUCGUGUUCAUAGGAGUUGCUAUUCUCACCAUUCCUAUAUAUUUGCUGCAACACUACUUCUACACCUUAAUGGGAGAGCGGCUUACAGCCCGUGUUCGCCUACUAUUAUUCUCAGCCAUCCUUUCCAACGAAGUUGCUUGGUUUGAUUUUGAUGAGAACAACACCGGAUCCUUGACAUCAAUAUUGGCAUCCGAUGCAACAUUAGUAAGAAGCGCUUUAGCCGACCGUAUAUCAACGAUUGUACAGAAUUUAGCGCUCACCGUGUCUGCAUUCAUUAUUGCCUUUACAUUCAGUUGGCGCCUUGCAGCUGUUGUUGUUGCUUCUUUGCCCCUUCUUAUUGGAGCUUCAAUAACUGAACAACUAUUUCUCAAGGGAUUUGGUGGAGACUAUAGUCGAGCGUAUAAUCGCGCAACUGCCAUAGCACGCGAAGCCAUCGCCAAUAUACGGACAGUUGCAGCAUUUGGCACGGAAGAUAAGAUCUCAACUCAGUUCGCCUUUGAAUUAAACAAACCCAACAAGCAAGCAGUUCUGAGAGGCCAUAUUGCAGGCUUUGGCUAUGGCAUAUCCCAAUUCUUUGCAUUCUGUUCCUAUGCACUUGGCCUUUGGUAUGCAUCAACUCUUAUCAAACACAAGGACUCAAACUUUGGAGACAUCAUGAAAUCUUUUAUGGUUUUGAUAAUCACAUCAUUAGCCAUAGCAGAAACACUGGCUCUUGCACCUGAUAUUGUAAAGGGCUCACAAGCAUUAGGAUCAGUCUUCAACAUUCUCUACCGAAAAACUGCCAUAGAUUCCGACAAUCCAUCCGCUGAGAUGGUAACUGACAUUAGAGGCGAUGUCGAGUUUAGAAAUGUGAGCUUUAAGUACCCUGCAAGACCAGAUAUCACCAUUCUCGAGGAUUUGAAUCUAAGAGUUUCUGCAGGAAAAAGUUUAGCCGUUGUUGGCCAAAGCGGAUCAGGAAAGAGCACCGUGAUUGCAUUGGUGAUGAGAUUCUACGACCCCAUUUCCGGGACCAUCUCAAUUGACGGGCGUGAUAUCAGAAGCUUCAACUUGAGAUCAUUGAGGAUGAAAAUUGGGUUGGUUCAACAAGAACCAACUUUGUUUUCCACAACAAUAUACGAAAACAUCAAGUAUGGCAAUCACGAGGCAUCAGAAAUUGAAGUGAUGAAGGCAGCCAAGGCUGCAAACGCUCACGGUUUCGUCAGCAGAAUGCCGAACGGCUACGAAACGCACGUUGGCGACCGAGGAGUGCAGCUAUCUGGAGGACAGAAGCAGAGAGUAGCAAUUGCCAGAGCAAUACUUAAAGAUCCUUCCAUUCUUCUUCUGGAUGAAGCAACAAGUGCACUGGAUGCAGCCUCCGAGAAGCAAGUUCAAGAGGCUCUUGACAGGCUAAUGGAAGGCCGGACGACAAUUAUCGUGGCGCACCGGCUGACGACGAUCCGGGACGCAGACAGAAUCGCCGUGCUGAAGAAUGGCAGAGUUGUUGAAAUCGGGAGCCAUGAUAGCUUGUUGAAAAAUCCCAAUAGUGUUUAUAAACAGUUGGUGAAUUUCCAACAGGAAACGACUGUGCAAUCGUUUUAGUAGUUAUUUUACGUGAUUUUUAGUGGCUGUUGUAUAUGGAAAUCAUCUCCGAUAUGAGGCUGAGAUAGCAAAGCAGAUGUAGAGAAUGAAUUAUUAGUAAAUUCAAAGCUGUUGGAGAAAUGGAUUGUAAUUUUCCUUUGAGCUA